AUUGCGCUCCCAUUGGUCCGCUCUGCCCAAAUUUGAAUAGUCACGCCCUUUCCUCUGCUUAGCCACGCCCACUCGCCUUAUAUUGCUUGACCACGCCCUCUCCCUCACGGGGUCGCGCCCGCGCGGUUCGAGCGCGGCCAUGGCGGAGCCGGGGCUGGAGCCGGAGCGGGGCCGGGAGCCCGUGACGGCCGAGGCGGUGCUGAGGGAGCUGCGGCUCUUCGAGCUGCGCUGCCAGGGCGAGGAAGUGCCCGACAAGCUGGUGGAGCUGUGCCUGAGCCACGGGCUGGGCCCGGUGGCCUUGGCCAACGAGCUGCUGGCCUUCAUCACCAGCAAAGACCUGGAGCCCCAGCUCACCCCUGAGGGCCUGGACGCCUUCGAGCACGAGGUGCUGGCCAAGCGCGGCCGGCGUGGCCGGGACGAGCGCCGGGGGCUCCUCCACGACAUCCACUCGCUGCAGGAGCUCCUCACCGAGGAGCAGGAGGACGAGCUGCUGGACGCCUACACCACCCCAUCCAAGGGCUCCCAGAAACGCAGCAAUUCCACACCGGAGACGCCCCGGCCCAAGCGGGCGCCGUCGUCCCGCAGCCCCUACGGGCUCUUCUCCCCCGGCAGCUUCUCCCCGAGCGUCACCCCCUCCCAGAAAUACUCAUCCCGUGGGGGCCGGGGCGAGGUCGUGGCCUCGUUUGGCUCCGUCCAGGGCCUGGCCUGGCGCGGCGGCGGCGGCUGCAGCGUCAAACUCUUCGGGGGCCCCGAGCAGAACCUCACCAAACCCUACAAAUUCAUGUUCCAGAAGGCGCUGGACGUCCGGGAAGCGCUGGCCGGGCGGGUGGAGGAGCUCGGGGAGGUUCUGAGGAGGCACCACGGCCUGGACGGCUUCAGCUCGACCGCGCUGCCCGCUCAGGUGAGAGCCCAGCCCGGGUUUGGGGUGAAACCACCUGGGUUUGGGGUGAAACACCCCGGGUUUGGGGUGAAACACGCUGGGUUUGGGGUGAAACCCCUGGGUUUGGGGUGAAACCCCUGGGUUUGGGGUG